GCGUGCUGCUCGGGACCCUGAGAAGGCAGAGAAACCGCGAAGGAAAGAGAAGGACAUCGAGAACGGAACCACGCCUUCGGAGACAGUCACAGACACAGCUGUGAAGCUGGAUGAGGCGCCAUCAGAGCUGCCGCCAUCGGCGCAAGGGGCGCUUCAGCACAAAGAGUCCGAGGAGAAGAUGAAUUUGGAAUCAUUCCUCAACUACGUCGCCUUCAACAAGAAGACGCAGGCUCCGACGCCCCAAGUACUGGACCUCAGCGAAGCCAGUGCAGACAGAGCGAAUGCAGAGGCUCAGAUGGUCCUGCGCGGAUCCAUGGGCUUCAAGCGCGUGGACGUGGCCAAGGACCUGUUCGCGCAGCUAGACGCAGCAAGCGUCGACGUUUCCGCGACCACGUUCACCCUUAUGAUUGAGGCUUGCGUGGUCGCCCGGGACCUGAAGUCGGCCAGCGACUUCUUGAUGAAGAUGGAGGCGUCCGGCCACAGCCCCAACAGCGAAUUGCUGGACAAGGUUCUCGACCUCUAUUCGAACCAGAAAGCUCAGAAGGAGGUGAGCAAAGCUGAUCGAGUGAAGGAGGACCCCGAUGCCGAACUCGAUUUAGAGGCCAUUGCCCUGACGCGGCAAAAGCUCAAAUCGGAUGCACCGAUCUUCGUGCCCAGCUUCGGCAUUCCACCGCCUCCGCCGAAACCCAAACCCGUGGAGGAGGAUGCUGACGAAG